AGACCAAUCGUGUAAGUCUAACUUAGGUCCAAAGCGCGUACCCGUCAGCGGAGGAAAAGAGAGGACAGAAGGCGGCAGAAAGACAAAUACUGCUCAAUUAACCGAUAAUUCUGAAAACAGACGCACGAAAUACAGCCAAGAUGUCAGAGGAAAAGCCAAAGGAGGGAGUAAAGACCGAGAACGACCACAUCAACCUCAAGGUUGCAGGGCAAGAUGGGUCGGUGGUCCAGUUUAAAAUCAAAAGGCACACACCGCUCAGCAAGCUAAUGAAGGCAUACUGUGACCGACAGGGCCUCGCGAUACGGCAGAUCAGGUUCAGGUUUGAUGGCCAGCCCAUCAAUGAGACGGAUACACCUGCACAGCUGGAGAUGGAAGAUGAAGACACCAUAGAUGUUUUCCAGCAGCAGACAGGCGGGCACUGUUAAGCCCUCUCCACCUUGUUGACGGGCCACCCUCAGACCCCUCCCUCAGCCACUUUCACUGUCCCUCUCCAUGCCUCCUCCGCCUAUCGUCGUCGUUAUUAUUAUUAUCAUUAUAAUAAUGAUAAUGAUUUUUAUUUCUUCAGUUUUGAGAUGUCCAUGGUUUUUCGUCAGGUGUGUGAGGAGCUCCUCAACUGUUUAUGUACCGUCUAAGCCAGGACUGAACUUUUGUGCGUGUCAACAGUCUCUCCGCUGGCCAAUCAGGACAUUUCCUCCUGGCCACGCAGGCUGUGAUUGGACCAACAUCAUGUCACAGCUGUUCCUGGUUUGUCUCUCACUUCUCAUUCAUUCUCCAGUGAAAGCUUAGUAUCCAGUAGUGUGUCACGGUUUUCAUCCAUCGUGAUCAAAUGCGAGGCUCUGCCAGUUUUUGUCAGUGGGCAUGAAAAUGGUUUGAAGGGAAAGCUCCAUCGGAACUUAUUACACACGGGCCCUUCCAUUUCACUCUGCUCUAAUGUGUUUUUUGUCCGAACGGUGGCUCCUGCUCUUCUGUCAAAGGGUAUUUUAAUUAACAUCUCUCAUGCUUUUGUAUUUUUUUUUUCUUUUAAAAAUGAACCAGGGAGCUGGUUGAUUUUCCUGUACAGAAGUAUCCGAGUGAGCGUUGGAUAAGAGUUGAGUUGCUUGGACCGAUACUCCAAAGACCAAACUUAGGUUUCAUAUUUGAUGUACUUGGAUCACUCGUAAAGCAAAUUACAAGGUCGAAACAGUCACAUUUUAAGGGAGUUUGUAUUUUAUUGAUGUUAUUUGCUUCAUUUUUGACUAAUUGAGAGAGGUUGUGGGUAUCCAUGGUACAGACUUUUAUUCGCUCAUUAUGAUAAAUUCCUAAUGGGGUUGGGGUGGGUGGUAUUAAUUUAUCCUUUGAGAUGGUAAGGUUCUGGCUGUGUAAGAUAGUCUUUUGAUGUAGAAUACUUUGUUUUCUGAUGAAACGGCCAGUGGCCAGUCCUUAUGAUACACUUACAGGUAGCUCUACUUGUGGGUUUUACAAUUUGGAGAAUUUAAGUAGUGGGUUGGCGGGACUGACUGGAAAGGUCCUUCCUCAACGCUGUUUUAGGGUCAGCUGUCUCAUCUGUAUUGUCCUCGUAAAUGUAAGCUGAUGGGAAAUCUGGUUCUACGUAUGUUUUGAAGAGAAGCUUUUCCAGGUGAGCAGGGAGUUCCAACAAAAGUCCGGAGGGUUUUUAAAAACGCAUUCAGAAGACACUUUUCACUGCUACGUCGACUGCCGAGCUGUUCCCUCGCGUGCACCAGGCCAGAGUUUCAGGUCAUUUGUUGAGGAGCCUGACCGCCGUUGUGCAAACAGUGACAUCCUUAGUGGUCACAAGUGUCUUCAAUAUUUUACAGCUCAGGCUAGGAUGCAUGAAGUUUGUUGUAUUUUCUGGGAGGGCAGGGAGGCCAACCAAUGGAGUUGGGAGAACAGUGUUCUGUACCCACAGGGCCCCAUUCUUUGUACAACAGUUGGCUUUAAUUGGAUUGAUGGACAGACUUAGAUUGUUCAAUUCAGUCAGGAUGUUCCGCUGUCAAAGUAAGUAGUCCUUAUGCUCAACUCCUGAAACGGUGUAAAAGUGUUCAGAGUGGGUUGUGUCAUGAAAGCCCCAUUUUUUUAAAAAGCUUUUUUUCCAUGGGCUACGUUUUCGGAGAUUUGAUAUUGUCAUCACUGAAUAAGGUGUGUGUAAAUCAGUUUUACAAAAUGAAUUUUAAAGGUUAAAUUUAAUAUUCAACAUAAAUGCUUAAAAAUGAACUGUGUUGCCACGUGCUGAAAUAUUCACUACUGCCCACUCUGUCCCCAAUAAAUAUAAAAUGACAUUUAAGACUACCCAUAUCAUCAUUUCUACAGUUAUUAAGUCACAAGGCCAAACUGUUUGGUUUAUUGAAAUACUAAAUCUGGGAGUGAUUACUCUGCACAAGCCAAAAGUUAACGACCCUGGUUUCUAGCUUUGCAGUCUAACAAAAUAAGAGCACAGUUAUCAAGACAGCCUUCCAAUUGCAUUUGAACAACUUGAGUUGGCUUGACCGAGAUCAUUAGAGCAAAAUAACAUGAGCUCAGCCGUGCAAUGUACAAAGAACGGAGCCCACAUCUUUUCAUGUUAUUUGUUCUCUACUGAUUUGUACAUUAUUUGUGGUCUUUUACUACUGUAUACAAUAAAUAUAGUUUGGUACUCAGA